UCUGUCUCCUCCCGUCUCUCCCUCUCCCCAGGUGACGUUCACCAAGCGGAAGUUCGGGCUGAUGAAGAAGGCCUACGAGCUGAGCGUGCUGUGCGACUGCGAGAUCGCCCUCAUCAUCUUCAACCACUCCAACAAGCUCUUCCAGUACGCCAGCACAGACAUGGACAAAGUCCUGCUCAAGUACACCGAGUACAACGAGCCCCACGAGAGUCGGACCAACGCAGACAUUAUCGAGGCUCUGAGCAAGAAGGAGCAUCGGGACUGCGAGAGCCCGGACCCCGAGGAGCCCUUCUCCCUCACCCCCCGCACAGAGGAGAAGUACAAAAAAAUUGACGAGGAGUUUGAUAAAAUGAUGCAGAGCUAUAGACUGUCAUCGGCAGUCCCACCUCCCACUUUCUCAAUGCCUGUCACGGUCCCAGUGUCCAAUCAGAACGCACUACAGUUCAGCAACCCCAGCGGUGCCCUGGUUACGACCUCCUUUGUGACAUCAUCGCUCUCGGACCCCCGCCUCCUGUCGCCUCAGCAGCCCGCGCUACAGAGAAACACAGUCUCCCCAGGGUUGCCACAGAGACCGGCCAGCGCAGGAGCUCUUCUGGGAGGCGAUUUGAACAACUCCAAUGGAGCUUGUCCAAGUCCAGUGGCAAACGGGUACAUCAGUGCCAGGGCGUCGCCCGGUCUCCUCUCAGUAUCCAAUGGCAGCAGCUUGGGGAAAGUUGGCCCGUCGAAGUCUCCGCCUCCGCCCAGCGCCCAGAUGGUGAACAGCCGCAAGCCGGACCUCAGGGUCAUCACCUCACAGAGCGGGAAGGGACUCAUGCAGCUGACAGAUGAGGAGCUGGAGCUGAAUGCUCCACGGUUGGGCGGUUCUCAGGUGACACAGCCCUUGACCACGCCAGUGGUCUCUGUGGCAACCCCCAGCCUCCUGGCACAGGGCCUGCCCUUCUCCGCCAUGCCCACGGCCUACAACACAGACUAUCAGCUGACAAGUGCAGAUCUUACGGCUCUCCAGGCUUUCAACUCACCGGGUGGCCUGUCGCUAGGCAGCGUCUCCACAUGGCAACAGCAGCAGCAGCAGCAGCAGCAGCAGCAGCAGCAGCAGCCAGGGACCCAGCAACAGCAGCAGCAACAGCAGCAGCAGCAACAGCAGCUCAGCCUGGCAUCGCUUAGCAACCUGGUUAUGACAUCUCAAUCAAAUUUACUGUUGGGGAGGGAAGAGGGUGUCUUCUGGUACUGUACUCCUUUUCCAUCUUUGCUAAGUUUGGAGGACUUUUUUAAAGGGGUAGUCCACACAGAGGGCUCACUCUGGAUCCAGUUUGCACUAGAGAAUUGAGGUCUCGCUAUAUCAGCGUACUCCCAGUCCUGGACUUAGAGAACCGUUGUUGUUUUUUUAAGCAUUUAGUGAUUACCCCGAAUUGACUUAUUGUUAAAGGUUUAGGGCAAGCGAGAUGAUUUCAAUUUCAGCUUCAGUUCAGUUCAGUUCAAGCUUCUUUUCUCCCCUGGGGGAAAUGUGUUUUACUGCAGAGUCCACAACGCACUACAACAAAUACAGACAAACAUCCCCAACAGAGAAUUCAGUACGGCCCUGCAGAGGAGAUGAAAGAUUUCCUGGGUCUAUUUCUGUUUCACCUAGAGGCGAAUCCCAGAAUGGAGUAUUCCAAAUUUCCAUUAUUGAACUACUGUAGUUUUUAGAAACUGAUUUAAGAGUGACCAACUGAGGGAAAAUCUUGCUGGACUGGUGCUCCUCAAGACGAAGGGGUAGUGUCGUCUUUAUUCUCAUCACAAUAACAGUUAAGUGAGCAGCCAUUCCAUUAUGGCAAAGGCGCAGAGUUACUGUUGUGUUACUGUUGGUGGCCUUGAUGGAGGUAAUUCUCUCACUGAGGAUCAAUCCAGUACUGUUUAGUCCAGAUUACUUGUGACCCUGACUAGCAUGGCUGUGUCCUUCCACCAGCUGUGUCUUUUGUGGGCUUCAAAAAGUAAUACCCAGUCACGGGCAGGUCCGUAGAGAAACUCAACGUAUAACAACAGCAGAAGUGGCCCGCCCUGAAGGAGCUACCCACUUCAGCUAGUCCCUCGGAUCUUGCCUGUAUCCUGCUGUGUUCUCGCAUGGUAUCAUUUCCUGUCACUUGCUACAAUCCAAUUUGCCACGCCAUCUCACUAGAUAACCCUCCUGAUGCCCCUGAUAUUCACAGGGCCAGCACUGGGGAAGCAAAUUGGUGCCGUACAGCAGCCCGCCAUUGUGCAACGCUGUAAGGUAUCCCCAGCUGCAUUUCUUCAGUCAACCAGAGGGGGGCGGGGGGUCAGUUUUCAGUUGUCAGUCAGCGCAGCGAAUGCAGAAGCCACCACUAAGGCAUUGCUCAGGGUGACUAGUUGCUAUGGCGCUGCUCAGAAGGGGUCCGGGACAGUUCUGAGAGGAAGAGGAGGGCGAUUACCCUCCUGAAGCUUCAAUCUCUCAGCUGCCAAAACCAUUUGACAAUGCAAACUGACAGGAAGGUAUACGCACAGAGAGACAGGAAGCUCUGCGAUUUUAAAAUCAGCAGGCGUAGCACAAUUACCAACUGCCAAACACAAUUUAAUUUUGCGCAGACCACCUUAGUAAUAUCUGGUGGCCUGGCCUAGGGUCUGACAGCAGAAUUCUGGUAUCCAUUGCCACAAGCACUGAUUAUCCUGACAAUUCUACUGAAUUUGGCAGAAGUUGUUAUAAAAUGCAGCAGAGCUUUUUGGAAUGUGUACUCAUUCAUAUAAAUACAUAUAUUUGUAAGAUGUGUUCAAAGUUAAGGAGGAGCAGCUCACUGAUGCAUAAUGGCUUCAGCCCACCGAUCAGUAAUAUUCUGUGAUGUAUUCCCAGUUGUAGUGUCCCUUCGAAAAUGAAAACUUCCCUGCUGCAUGGAGAGAACCUGUCAUGCAGGAUGAGAAAAAGAAGGGAGAUGGGCUGUGCUUUGCCUGAGUCAGUCUGUUCACUGACUACCCCUUUAAAGAGUCCCAAUGUGCAGAAUGAAUGAAAACUUCCUAACGUGCUUUGAAGUGUCUCUUUUUGAUGCAGUAUGGAGGAAAUUAACGAAUGAGUGUGUGUGCUUGCAUGCAGAGACUCAGAUACACAGAUCUGGCCCCCCCGACCUCCAGCCUCGAUUGUGCCUACUGGCUUUAUUGUGCAGUGGUGUGUGUUGCUGUAAUGUGCCAGCAGAGGUCACCGGGAGCCAGGAGGAAGUUUUUUUUUAAACAUGUAUUCUGCCGUUCUUCCGUUUUCGGGAAGAUGUUUGCCCUCCAAUAUUAAUUCUCCUCUGUUAGAUCACUCUUAGGCCUGGCCUUACCAUUCCAGCAUUAAAUACAAACACAAACAGAUUCUCUAAAUCAAAUAAGUGAUGCAUGGGAAGGAUAUCACUGUUCACAAGCCCCACUUUAUGAUGAAUAUAAGCAACGUGACAAGCGAGAGGAGGCCAUUAGGCAUGUCUAGCCCACUUGGUAGUGAAUAGUUAAUUGGUCUCAGGAUCUCAUCUUGCAGUUUCUUGAAAGAAGCCAGAGAAUCGGCUUCAACAACAUGACUGGGCAGUUUGUUCCACACUCCCACCACCCCUUUGUGUAAAAAGGUGCCUCUUUUCUUAGUUUUAAAAGCACUUCCACACAGUAUCCCACUUGUGCCAUCUGGGUUUUCUUUGACUGCUCAUUUUGAAGACGUCUGCUGGGUUGAUUUUACCAGUGCCCUGGAGGAUGCUGAAUAUUGGUAUCUUGUCUCCUCGUAGUCUUCUCUGUUCAAGACUGACAGGGCUGAGUUCUUUCAGCCUGUCAAGAGUAGGACAGUCCCUACAGCAUUCCUUUAGAUUAUUGGCGCAGACUACUUUUCAACAAAGUAAGGGACCCUCCAGGAUGGUGAGGAGGUGGUCUCUCGAGAGAGACUUCUGCAGCUAGACCGUUAUUCUGCAGGCUUUAGAGGAUCUGAAGACUCCUGUGCUUGAUCAAGUUCCUGACUGGGCCUUCUCAUUUAGUUUCAGUGAAGUGGUUAAGUUGCUGGUACCUCUCAUUUGAAAUCAUAACAUUACCACUAGACUUGUGAUUCUGAGCCACCGGCUCCUCUACUUUCCAUUAUGUCAGAGCUCUUCAUGACUUAAUUGAAUCAAUGAUGGACUUGAUUGCCCUUAAUUGCGUGCAUUUCCGAAACGAGUCAUUAUUUCCAUUGCGUUCCGUACUCGGAAGCCCUGCAGGACUGUGGCUCUCCAGCAGCAAAAGAAAGGAGCUCUUCCCCGGACUAGUCAAGCUCUGUAUAAAUUUACUAGCCAGUACAUUUGAGCUGUCAGGGGCUACUGGCAUCUCUCAUCACCUGAUGAGAGCUGGAAUUAGCUGUGAAUGCAGAGGUACCGUUCUGCGCUAAUUAAAUCCCAUAUACAGUGGGCUGACAACAGUGCCGUAUACAUAGACCUCCUGCAUAGUGUGUAGUGUAGUUUAAUAAUAAUUGCUUACACUUUUAUAUAGCACUUUCCUGGACA